AUAGUUCUCCCUCCUCUGCGAAGGGGUCGAAGUCUACACGGAACAAGCCCACGGCAGACUGCGCACAGAGUCGAACUGAGGAGAUAGUCUCUAACUUUCUACUUCGCAGCAGCUCCAUGGCUCCACUGCUGAGGUGCAGCGUUUUUACUCUGCUGGCCCUUUUCUUCUUACCAUCUCCAGUUCCUGUGGGGGCAGAAGGAAACUGGCCGUGGUUACAGAGACACAAAAGAGACUGGAUUGUAGCUCCCAGAAAGCUCCAGGAGCGACACGACUACAGGGGCCUGGAGAGUAUUGCACGAAUUCGAUCCGAUAAGGAGUAUGACAGGGCGAUAUUUUAUUAUAUAUCAGGGCCUGGUGUUGACCAGCCACCCAUUGGAGUAUUUUCCAUCAAUCAGAACAGUGGCUAUGUGAAAAUCCAUUCCAUUCUAGACCGAGAGGAGAGAUCCUUCUAUGUGUUAAAAGGUUCGGCAAAAUUCAGUGACGGGACCUUUGCUGAGAAGGACAUUGACCUCAAAAUAGAAGUGUUGGACGUUAAUGACAACGCGCCGGUCAUUCAAACACAGCAAAUUGGAUAUGUCAACGAAUCAAGUGUAGCAGGUACUCUGGUUAUGAAAGUGAUAGCUACCGAUGCCGAUCAAGCGAACACGCCCCACACUAAAAUCUUCUACAGGCUCGAUGAGGAAUGUGUCAAAGAAGGAAUGUUCUUCAUCAACUCUGACACUGGAGAGAUCCGGGUUAAAAAGAACACUCUGGACAGGGAGACAAAAGACUCAUACAAGCUGACUGUCAUAGCCUCUGACAUGAAUGGACAGUCUGGAGGGAAUUCAGGAACUGGUGAAGUUGAGAUAAAACUUCUGGACAUAAAUGACAAUAUUGCAGUACUGGAAAAAGAAACGUAUGAAGGUAGUGUGGAGGAGAACACUGUUAAUGUGGAAGUAAUGAGAGUCAAAGCCACUGACAUGGAUCUGAUUCACACUGAAAACUGGGAGGCUGUCUAUCAAAUAGUUACAGGGAAUGAGGCGGGCUAUUUCACUAUCACUACAGAUCGCAAGACCAACGAGGGAAUUAUCAUGAUUAAGAAGGCCCUGGACUAUGAGGAAAUAAAGGUCCUCAAUUUGGGUGUGAUUGUUACCAACAAAGCCAAAUACAAUUUUGGUAGUAUGCACACGGAAAGCUCAUCAAUAGUACCCAGACCCUACCCCGUGACCAUCAAUGUGGUCAAUCAGAAGGAGGGUCCCCGUUUUCAACCAAGUGUCAAAGUUGUGACUAUCUCUGAGGACAUGACGGUCACCUCCAUCAACAAAGUCAUCACCACUUAUGCUGCAAUUGACAGUGACACAAUGAAGACGGCCACCAACGUUCGGUAUGUAAAACUCAUAGAUGAAGACAACUGGUUGAUUAUUGACCAGAAGACGGCAGAUAUCAAGCUGAACAAAUUGCCCGACAGAGAGUCCAAGUUCUUGAUUAAUGGAACAUAUUAUGCCAAAAUUAUAUGCAUCACCAAUGACACUCCCGCAAAAACUGCCACAGGCACCGUUGCCAUUCAGGUGGAGGACUUCAAUGAUCACUGUCCAAAGCUAACAGCUACGACUCAGACAAUGUGCCUUCACGAUAAAGUCAUCUACGUCACAGCGGUGGAUGAAGACGAGUUCCCCAAUUCGGCACCGUUUGAGUUCUCUGUGAUCGAUGGAAGCGACAAGGGGAAAUGGACAGUGGAGCAUCACAAUGAAACUAGUGCCAUUCUACGAGACCAAGUCAACUUGUGGCCAGGCAUCUACCAAGUGAGACUGGAGGUCAAGGAUCAGCAAGGGAUUUCAUGUGGUGAUGCGCAGGUGGUGGACGUAACCGUGUGCAAUUGCCUAAAAGACACUAAAGCCUGUGUUGCGCGUAGUACAUCGACGACAGGUCUUGGAGUUGGAGGUGUCCUGCUUCUGCUCCUGGGACUGCUGUUGCUGCUCUUGGUGCCCCUGCUGCUGUUAUUCUGCCUGUGUGGUGGUGCUGCUGCUGGAGACUUCAAACCAAUUCCCUUUGAUACGAAACAACAGCUGAUCUCAUAUCACACUGAGGGACAAGGAGAAGACAAGGAAGUUCCUCUUCUUCAAAUCCCAGUUGAGGUUGAUGGUGGAAUCAAUACCCAGGACAUCAACAAAUUCACGGGCAAGGGGCGAUUUGACGGAAUGACUGAAGUAGGUGGAGGAGGCUUUGGCAACGUCAUAAAUAUAUCCACUCUGACUGAAGAGGAGUUGCACCGGUACAACCUUUACAAAAUGUUGUUGGCUGAGCAAGAGGGGAUGAAAGGGGGACAAGAAUACCAUUUCUCCCAAUACAGUGGUGGGCUUUUUGAUGGAAUGGCUCUGUCUGAACAGUUCCUUGGAGAGUACUAUUCAAGAAAGUCCAACCAUGCUGCAGAACAAUCUGAGCAGAAGGAUGCGCUGUUGGUCUAUGACUACGAGGGUCAAGAGUCCUUGGCAGGUUCUGUAGGUUGCUGCAGCCUUCUUGAGAAUGAGAAUGAUCUUGCCUUCCUCAAUGACCUUGGGCCUAAAUUCAAGACUUUGGCAGAGAUUUGUCAUGGAUCAUCCAUAGCAGCUGAGGUUGAUUUCCCCACAAACAAACCCUUGUCUCCUGUCAGGCCAAGCACACACACACAUGUCCAUACUCACUCAGAAAGAAUCAGGGACAGGGACAGUGUCAAUGUCAAUACUUUUGACACCUCCAAUGUAGCAUCUGGGUCCUCCACUAUUGUCAAGGAGGAGCGAAUUACUGAGAGAUCCCAUGGUUCUGCCACUCUUCCCAAAGUGCAUGUCCAGGACAAGAUAUUGAUUCCUAAUCAGACCAUGCUCGUACAGCAGCCAACCAUGUACUAUGCUGCGACACCCAUGUAUGUAGUUGAGCCCCAGUCCAACAUUCUGCUUAUGGGGGGCACACAGCAGCAAGCAGUGGGUCAAAUAGGCCAUGUUGGGCUAGGUCAGGGGCUAGUGCAGGUCAGUGGUGUCCAAGGUUCUCAGGGUAUGGUCCUUGUAGACAGGCAUGUAGGAAUGGAUGGAGUCACAGGGAAGGUGGCACAAGGCCUUUCACAAGGAUCUGUCUCCAGGUCCAGAAAGGUGGUGGUGGUGGAAAAUGGGUCCUCAGGUGUAGAGCAAGGUGGGCACUUGGCACAGGGAUUUGUUACGACAGCACAGGGGUCUGCGGGGCAGGUUUUUGAGGUCAGAGGUCCAAGUUUUUCAGUGAGUUCAUCUGGUCCGACGGAGUCAACUGAGGACUUUUCAGUGACAACCACACCCAGGCUGCAAGGAAGCCAAAAACUGGUUGUGCAACGUAAAAAGGUGUCUGUCACUGAGAGAACUGUUGACUCUAAUACAAGAGCAUAAAGCUUUGCUAUGGUUAGCUUGUACACAAUUUGUUUGAUGUAUACUGAAACCUUCAGUAUGCUAAAAAAAAAAUACUCCAUAUUAUGAAAUAGAAUUCUUGAUACAGAUAUAGUGGAUGGCUUGUGGAAUUGUGUUGUGGUGAAUGGAUAGGUUAAUCUGCUUUACCUCUUACUUGUGAUACCUCUCGCUAGCGCGCUACUGCUGAUAGUAAAUAUAUGGGUGGUGUUAACAGCAGGAUUGUCAUGGCCAUGACAGGCAUUCUAUUUCUGUACCUUUGGUUGUUUAUAUCAAAGUGUCAUUUUUGAUAAAGCAUUGCCAACAUUAGCUAGACGUGUAUAUGUUAUAGCACUGGUGUAAAGUAUAGUACAACUGGAGGAAUCAGCAGGCAUUAUAUGACCUCAUUUGUGUUCCUGAGAAUGAUCAGUUAGUUAGUACCAAUUGACAGUCUAUUUACAUUUGCAUAGCUUCAUCGUGACAGCAGCCAAACUAAACAGAACCAAACCCGUCAGACCUACAGGGUGUAUAUAUUUUCUUAUUAAAUAAGAACUGCCACCCACGCUCUGAAUCACAAAUAUGUAAGUCUACAUUAAUCAAGUCAAAUCAGCAAGACAAAGGCAACCUUUGGACUGUUUUUUCGCACCAACCAAUCAUGACUGCAUCACAUCCACGCCCCAGGAAGAACAAACAGGGAGUGAAACUCGAAACAUAGUAUGCACUAGUGAAUGAUCUCAACGCUAUUUUCGUAAUGUAAUAGUGUUAAAUGAAAAUUCUCAUUAAAAUAGUAGGGAGAAAAAAAAAUAGUAACCUAAUAGUUUAGACAAAGAUAAAAACAGAGCUUCUCCACUUACUAUGAUUUUCAAAAUGUCUGUUAGUAUAUUUGUGGAAAUAUUUGUGGCUUUUUGUCGUGCCAUGAACUGCAUAGAAUAUAGCGAAAUGCAAUUUGUACUGUAAAUGUGUUGAAAGCACAUCAAGGUUAGAUGAGAAUGUUUGUAUUGCUUUGCAGUUAUAAUAGGCAAGAUCACUCAAAUUAUAUAAUUGCACUCUACAGAACGUUAUGAUGUGUUUUCUAUUGAAAAUAAGAUGAGUUAAAUUUAAAUGAUGCAAGUGCCAAGGCUGUUAAUUAUUUUUUACAAAUGUAUAUUGUGGCAUAGUUGAUCACAGGUAGAUUUUUAUUUUUAUGUUUUUUUUAUUGUGUGAACCACUAUCAUCAUUUGGGUAUGUGGAUGGGAGAAGUACCAUGGUAUAUUGUUUGCUAUUAAUACAAUGCAUACGUAAUGUGUUUCCGUCUGAAGUUUCAUGUGUGUUUGUGUGUGUGUUACUUUAGAGCACUACUAAAACCUUACCUUUAGAGUGAAGAUUUUUUAUUUGUAAGUUUUGAUUCUCCUAUCCUUAAUAAAAUCAAAGUUGAAUCAAA